UGGGGAUCAGCGUAAUUGUGUAGCCAGAGCGGGGUCUGCCGGGUUCACUUCGCAGCUUCUUCACCCGGCUGGUCUUUCGGAUCUGACUGCAAUGGCGGAGCAGCAGCAUUUCUACCUCCUGCUGGGGAACCUCAUGAGUUCUGACAACAAUGUCAGAAAACAAGCAGAGGAGACAUACGAAAACAUCCCAGGACAGACCAAGAUCACGUUCCUGCUGCAGGCCAUCAGAGAUGCAUCAGCAGCUGAGGAGGUCAGACAGAUGGCAGCGGUGUUGCUACGGCGACUGCUGUCGUCCUCCUUUGAGGAAAUCUACCCAGGUCUGACCCUGGAGAUGCAGACUGCCGUCAAGUCAGAACUGCUGAUCUGCAUCCAGCAGGCCGCCUCCCCAAACAUCCGCAAGAAAGUCUGCGACAUCGCAGCAGAGCUGUGCCGAAACCUCAUCGACGAUAACGGGACCAACCACUGGCCAGAAGUUCUGAAGUUCCUUUUUGACUCCGUGAACUCCGACAACGUUAACCUCCGAGAAGCUGCCCUGCACAUAUUCUGGAACUUUCCAGGAAUCUUUGGCAACCAGCAGCAGCAUUAUCUGGAGGUUGUCAAACGCAUGCUGGUCCAGUGCAUGCAGGAUCAGGCGAACCCACAGAUCCGCACCCUGGCGGCUCGAGCUGCAGCUUCCUUUGUUUUGUCCAACGAGAGCAACACGGCUCUGCUGAAGCAUUUUUCCGACCUGCUGCCGGGAAUUCUGCAGGCUGUGGAUGAGUCGUGCUACCAGGGAGACGACUCUGUGCUCAAGUCGUUGGUGGAAAUCGCCGACUCGGCACCUAAAUACCUGAGACCCAACCUGGAGGCGACGCUGCAGCUCUGUCUGAAGCUGUGCGCCGACACCAACCUGACCAACAUGCAGAGGCAGCUGGCGUUGGAAGUGGUCGUCACGUUGUCAGAGACGGCAGCAGCCAUGUUGAGGAAACACACAGCGAUAGUAGCGCAGAGCGUGCCCCAGAUGUUGGCCAUGAUGGUGGACUUGGAGGAUGACGAGGAGUGGGCUCAGGCUGACGAGCUGGAGGACGACGACUUUGACAGUAACGCCGUGGCCGGGGAGAGCGCUCUGGACAGGAUCGCCUGUGGCUUGGGAGGAAAGAUCGUCCUACCCAUGAUCAAACAACACAUCAUGCAGAUGCUGCAGAACCCUGACUGGAAGUACCGCCACGCUGGACUGAUGGCUCUGUCUGCCAUCGGGGAGGGGUGCCACCAGCAGAUGGAGGCCAUCCUCCAGGAGAUCGUCAGCUUUGUCCUCCUGUUCUGCUCCGACCCUCACCCGAGGGUGCGCUACGCUGCCUGCAACGCGAUUGGACAGAUGGCCACCGACUUUGCUCCAACGUUUCAAAAGAAGUUCCAUGAUAAGGUCAUCUCUGCUCUGCUCCAGACGAUGGAGGACCAGAGUAACCCUCGGGUUCAGGCGCACGCUGCUGCUGCGCUCAUCAACUUCACAGAGGACUGUCCCAAAUCGCUGCUCAUCCCUUAUCUGGACAGCUUGGUGCAGCACCUCCACGUCAUCAUGGUUGCCAAGCUGCAGGAGCUGAUCCAGAAGGGAACCAAGCUGGUCCUGGAGCAGGUGGUGACGUCCAUCGCGUCUGUGGCCGACACGGCCGAGGAGAAGUUUGUGCCGUAUUACGACCUCUUCAUGCCCUCGCUCAGACACAUCGUCGAGAACGCCGUGCAGAAGGAGCUGCGGCUGCUGCGCGGGAAAACCAUUGAGUGCAUCAGCUUAAUCGGCCUGGCUGUCGGCAAGGAGAAGUUCAUGCCCGACGCCUCGGCGGUGAUGCAGCUGCUCCUCAAGACCCAGACGGACUUCAACGACCUGGAGGACGACGAUCCUCAGAUCUCGUACAUGAUCUCGGCCUGGGCGCGGAUGUGUAAGAUUCUGGGGAAGGAGUUUCAGCAGUACCUGCCCGUGGUCAUGGGUCCGCUGAUGAAGACGGCCUCCAUCAAGCCUGAGGUGGCGCUGCUGGACACUCAGGACAUGGAGAACAUAUCGGAGGACGAGGGCUGGGAGUUCGUGAAUCUGGGAGACCAGCAGAGCUUUGGAAUCAAGACGGCUGGUCUGGAGGAGAAGGCCACAGCCUGCCAGAUGUUGGUGUGUUACGCCAAGGAGCUGAAGGAGGGGUUUGUGGAGUACACGGAGCAGGUGGUGAAGCUGAUGGUUCCUCUGCUGAAGUUCUACUUUCACGAUGGUGUGCGCGUGGCGGCGGCCGAGUCCAUGCCUCUGCUGCUGGAGUGUGCCCGGGUCCGAGGGCCCGAGUACCUCACCCAGAUGUGGCACUUCAUGUGUGACGCCCUCAUCAAGGCCAUCGGCACCGAGCCCGACUCCGACGUCCUGUCAGAGGUCAUGCACUCUUUCGCCAAGUGCAUCGAGCUGAUGGGAGACGGGUGUCUGAACAACGAGCACUUUGAGGAGCUGGGCGGCAUCCUAAAGGGGAAGCUCGAGGAGCACUUCAAGAACCAGGAGCUCAGACAAGCCAAGAGACAAGAUGAAGAUUAUGACGAGCAGGUGGAGGAAACGCUGCAGGAUGAGGAUGAGAACGACGUGUACAUCCUGACCAAAGUGUCGGACAUCCUGCACUCGGUGUUCAGCAGCUACAAAGAGAAGGUUCUGCCGUGGUUCGAGCAGCUGCUGCAGCUCAUCGUCCAGCUAAUAUGUCCCAACAGGCCAUGGGCUGACAGACAGUGGGGGCUGUGUAUUUUUGACGAUGUAAUCGAACACUGCAGCCCCUCCUCCUUUAAGUACGCAGAGUACUUCCUGCGCUCAAUGUUGCAGUCUCUGUGCGACUCGAGCCCUGAGGUACGGCAGGCGGCGGCGUACGGCGUUGGCGUCAUGGCUCAGUUCGGCGGGGAGAGUUAUCGCCCCUUCUGCACAGAGGCACUCCCCCUGCUGGUCGGAGUCAUCCAGGCAGCAGAUUCCCGCUCAAAGGAGAACGUCAACGCCACGGAGAACUGCAUCUCUGCUGUCGGGAAGCUCGUGAGGUUCCGGCCCGAGUGUGUCAACGUGAGUGAGGUCCUUCCUCAUUGGCUCAGCUGGCUCCCGCUCAAAGAAGACAAAGAGGAAGCUGUCCACACCUUUGACUUCCUGUGUGACCUCAUUGAAAGUAACAACCCCAUAGUCCUCGGACCGGAAAACGCCAACCUCCCUAAGAUUUUCCUCAUCAUAGCUGACGGCGUUGCAAACGAGUCUGUUAAAACUGAAGAUGCAUGCAGUAAACGGCUCGCAAACGUUAUCCGCCAGGUUCAGGUGUCUGCGGGAUUAUGGACUCAGUGUGUUUCAACCCUGAACGAGACGCAGCAGAAAGCCAUCCAGGACCUGCUAAACGCCGCCUGAUCCCUCUCCCACACCACCAGCCAUUUUCCCGCCCAUGAAGGAAAGUCGAGCUCCUGGAUCUCUUCCAUACACUCCCUCUUCUUCCUCUAGCUCUGAUCUGUAGUGUGUAUGGAGGCAGGCUUCACCCCGUCACCACCCCCACCCUGCUGCUGUAGAACUCCGCCCACGUUCCGACUUAAGGGGGCAGUUUGGAUAUAAGCAGAGGACUUUGGCCAUCCACCUUAAAGACUGUAUUUAAAGAAGGGAGAAUCCCGUCUGAUCAGCGUUCCGUGUCUUAUCUGGACGAUUUCUUUCUAACCGUUCCCCAACAAGCGAGUCUAAACAUCGCCCAGCUCGUGGGGGGAGGGCAGUGGGGGGGGGGGGGGGGGGAGAGACAGAUCCUUUUAUUUUUGGACUGAGCUGCUAAACAAAGGGGAACUGCACACUGGGCGAUCACUGCCUGUCUCCUGUGAAUUAAUUUUUUUUUUUUGUAUUGUUCCCGGUGUCACCUGUGGGGGAGGGUAGCCUUUGCCCGCCACUGUUAGAAGGUUUGCUUCAAAGUAAAAGCAUGUUCAAGUGGUUAACUAGAAAUACAGUUAAGACGUCCCACAUCGUCUGGUUGAGCCGGUCUAAGCUCGGUUUUCAGUCUCUUUCACGGGAAGUUAAAUGUUUACGAACGACUCUGCCCCAUUGGGUAGCAGGUGGACAGAAUCUCCACGGAGACGCAAUAUUCGGUGUGGUCGCAGCCGCGGUGAGGAACACAAAUUGUAGAGUUAAAGGACCUGAAACACGUCUUUGUGGAUUUUGAUCCUUUGCGGCCCCGCGGGAAUUAAAUGGAAUUCCAAAAACUACAAACAAUAAAAUUACAUCAAAAACUCUGAA